AUGCCGGUGACGUACCCGAAACCCAUCGUCGUGCCCCCGCCCGAGGGCGGCGCCACCACGGCCGUUUGCAUCUUCCUCCACGGCCUCGGCGACACCGGCCACGGCUGGGCGGACGUCGCGUCGUCCAUGCCCUUCGAGGGCGUCAAGUGGAUCUUUCCAACAGCCCCCACGAUCCCAAUCACCCUUAACGGGGGCAUGCGCAUGACCGGCUGGUACGACAUCAACGACCUGUCCAUCGACAACAUCAAGGACGACAGGGCUCAGACCCUCGCGUCCACCGAAUACGUCCAAGGACUCAUCAAGGCGGAGAUCGACGGGGGCGUUAACGCCGAUCGCAUCGUCGUCGGCGGGUUCAGCCAAGGCGGCGUCAUCGCGUUGCAGACGGCGCUCAGGUUUCCGGAGAGGCUCGCCGGCGCCGUGGGGAUGUCCACGUACCUCGCGCUGCGGGAAGACUUCCCGGACGCGAUGAGCCCGCACGCGAAGGACCUGCCGGUCUUCCUCGCGCACGGUACCGCGGACAUGGUGCUGCAAUACCAGUACGGCGUCAUGAGCUCGGAGCUUAUGACUGGCCCGCUCGGUAUGACCAAAGUGGACUUCCAGACGUACCAGGGAAUGGGACACAGCGCGUGCCAGGAGGAGCUGCAGCAGCUCGCGAAGUUCAUCGCGAACGUGCUCGACUGA